AUGGCGAACGCGCCGACAGUCGUGUCGAAUGCGACAAGCGCAACGCCAAGAGUAGGGAACGUGCUUGACGGUCUGAAGUUCUUCGUAGUGCAGCGAGUGCCACGCCGAACUGGCCUUUUAAGGGACAUUGAGGCCAAUGGCGGCCAGGUGGUCAGGUUCGAGGGGCAGUGCGACUAUGUCAUUGCGGACCACUUGCGAAAGGAUGCCCCAGGCGGCAGCUACUCAUACACCCUCAUAGAUCGCGCCAUCAAGGAUGGCGCAUUGCCCAACCCAGCAGAUCACGCAACUGGAGGGACUCUUCGAAGCGAUCGACCAGUCGGCUCAGUGAUACCAGGCAAGCACACGCGCACACCUUUCACGCUGCAAGAUGACAGGGAUCUGUGGGAGUUUAUCGAAGAGGCAAAGCAGGACGGAGCAUCGGUCAAGGGCAACGACGUGUACAAAAAGCUGGAAAAGGUCAAUCCACGGCAUACCUUCCAGGCUUGGCGCAGCCGAUACAUCACCAAAUUGCUGGGCAAGCCGCAUCCGCCAGGCGUAAGAGCUCCCGCUGACGACGAGGAUGGCUCCCCUUCAGCCACGCAGCAGACUGCUCCGGUCGAGGCAUCCGCCAAGGACCUGGAGGUACUGAGGGAGAAUGCGGAGGACAUUGAAGACGUCCCGAAGGACGAUUGGCAGCAUGCUUGGGGUCUGUUCCACCAGGUUCAUCCUCAUCACACCGCGGAGGAAUGGAUCAGUCUGUACACGACGCGCGUCCGACCUUUCCUUCCCACGAGGAACGAUGAGCCGGCAGUGGCGAGGUACGAUGGGACUGACGAGCACGACGACACCGUAUACAACGGCUUGAAACACAGAAACGCAAGGACUGAGCCAGGUCCAUAUUGUACUCGGGAUAACGACGUGAUUCGACCGGCAUCCCCUACGAAGCGUAAAAGAACGAGCCAUGCGUCCUCACCUAUUGCUUGUUCAGCUUCUCACAAAAAGCAGAAGGCAGAUGCGGUUGAUGACACAGACGUUACCGAUCAAGAGAUCGUGUUAACCUCAGACCUGAACCGCGAUGCUGAGAGGCAAGUGCACUUUGAAGCAAAUGCUGAACCAGAUUCAGACUCUGUCAUUAAAGCUCUGCUCUCUGACACUUUGCCUACUUCCGAAGCGAACACGGCCGCCGAUCGCCAACUGUUUGCAGAUGCUGCUGCGGCGGGGUCGGACGAUGACGAGGAGUGCGACGGCGAUGGCGUUGAAGCAUCUGGAACUCGCGCGGGAGAAGAAGCAUUCCAGCUCAACAACAAGACAAGAACGGCAUCGAAAGCUCGAACAAAUCUGGGCGAUGAGAGCCUCGGACAUGAGGAGCACAGUGCCCGUGACUUACUCACAUCUGAAGCCAACAAGGAUGCUGAUGAACAGCUUCGCGAGAUCAUGCAGGAUGAUGACUCGGAAGUCCAAUCACAGAUUGAUGCCGAGGACAGUGAGCUGGUCCUGGACGCUGACAACACUGCAGUCCAACACGCAAGCGCCACAAGUCAGUCGUCGGCACGAAGUCAGCACGCAUUGACAGAAGCCAAUCUCGCCAGCCAGCAAGCAGAGCAUCGACAAUACAUACCAAGAGCCACGGAUCUCCCCCCGGACGAGGAGGAGAAGGACCAAAGUGACUUCAUCGACUAUCUGCAGACAGCUCUCAGCAAGACCAAAACUCCGCCUGGCGAUGGUGGCACGCCUCGACCUCUACCCAAACUCAACGGCUUGCAAUUCGACCAUGUACCGCCCAAUUUCUGGCAAACGCUUACACAGAGUAAGCUGACUGGAGGCAGGGGUGCGUUAACGGCUGCCUCAUCUCAGCGGAAGCCACCCGAAAAUAUAUACAUUGCCCAGUUGCAUCGUCAGCAGCAGGGAGCGAAAUCAGUGCCACAAUUACACACUCUCACCGACAAAGUUGCCACCAAGGAAGCCAAGCAGGAAAUACCAGAGGUGGUCACAGAACCUGAGCUUGAGCACGACUUGCCCAUGUCCUCCCAGCAAGAGCUUGAAGAGGCGCUCAACAACAACUUGGAGUGGCCAGCUUCUCCACAGCAGCAGCAGCACCGUUCACAACAAAGCAGCCAAAGUCAGCCGUUCGGGACUCAGAUAGCCUAUCCUAGCCUGGGCGCUUCGACAUCCGAACACACUGGUUUCGCCGCCCCCGACUUCCAGCUCUCGAGCCAAUCUAUGAUGUCACAGCUUGAUGAGCAUGAGGACGACACACAUAUUGCACCCAAAUUGUCCUCCCAGCGGCAGCAUGUCAGCUCAGAGCCCACCAAGGAAAGCUCUGAACAGGUCGAAACACCUAUGCCCUAUGGCUCUACUCAGGGCAAUGAGGAGAACAACGAGGAAGAAUCGCAAGAUGCAGCAGAAGACAACGACGACACUCUGCAUCAGGAUCUUUAUCGUGCAGAUGGCGAUGUAGAUCUGACGAUUGUAGAGCCUGAUGGCGGCUUCAUCCAUCCGGGAGACCCUGAACAUAACCCCAUGGCCGAGCCCGAGAAUGCAGUCAAUGCUGGAUUGGGACCGACCAACGAGCCAAUCAUGAUAUCGUCAGCCGCGUCUUCCAGCUCACCGUAUCAAGCUUCUUCGGACGGUGAAGAACCUGACGAAUGGAAGGAUAGAUCACCUAGCGUGCAAAAGCAGGCCUUGGAAACUCAGGACAUAAUGAACGCCCAGACUCAUAUCCCAGACCUAAGCAUGCCGGAACCUUCGUUGCAAGAAGAUGACUCCGAUGAAGACGAACACGACGAAUUGCGACCUCAAGCGCCAGUGGCUCGCGCUGCACCAGCUGCUAGACGAAACCGACGCAACGACGAAGAAGAUUUGGAGACCGACGACUCGUCAGUCGAUAUCGACGCCUGGAUUCUGAGCAUGAAAGCGCUUGGGUUCAUCGACAAGGCAAUCUCGACAGCUCUCAAAUGCACAACCUAUCGACCACACUUGGCCCAGGCUGUGCUCUAUGAAGAAAAGCGUGGACACGGGCUGCCAGACGAUACACCUGGGAUCUGGAGCAAGCUCGAAGACGAGAUAUUAGAAGGCGGUGAUGCUCGAAAGCUGCGGCAGCUCGCUGAAAAGCAUGGCUCUGCGGAGUGUGAUGGCAGACUGGACUUUCUCAGUCAGUGGCGAGAAAUGUUUCCUGGUAAGUCGUGA